UAGGGAGAAGAAACUUCUUCUUCUGGGAACGAGCUAUAUAAAAACCAACUACACAUCGUCAAGUUCAGUUACAAAUUCGCUUUCGAUAUCUAUCGGUUGUUAUCUAGUGUUCAUCAAUCAAGUAAAGAUGUUGGGAUAUUUAGUACUUGUUAGCAGCGUCGCUCUAAUUCAAUGCAAUCCAAUUAUGAAACCAAUCCAUGUUCCCGAUAAAGAUGUCAUUGGCGCCGAGUCGGGACAUUUCAGUUCGAUUGCUGUAAUUUCAGGUCACGAAGAACAUGGAGGAGGAAAAGGAUUCAGCGUUGGAAGUGGAUUGAGAACAAUUGCACAAGGGUCCGCAGAUCAAGCUAAUAACGCCGUUUUAAAUCAACACGCCGCCGCCAAACAAGCCGCGUUUCAAGCUAAAAGUUCUUUAGCUCAAACAGCAGCUGGAGCUGCCGCUACCGCUCAGGCUGCCUUAGUUGGGAAACAGAUUCUCGUACAAAGAUUAGAACAAGAAUUACGUGAAGCUCAAUCUGCUUUAGAAGCUGAAACUCAACAAUUAGAACACGCCCAAAGAGCCGCCAGUUCCGCAUCGGAAGUCGGUCAAUCAGCUCAACAGCUAAUAUCUUCUUUAAACUCGGCUUUAAAUAGCGCUCAAGCAACAGUAGCUCAUGCUCAACAAGCUGCUGAAGCAGCUUUAGCAGAAUAUGGAUUACAACAAUCGAUGGUGGCUAAAGCUAAGCAGAGAGUUGGUAAUUUGGCCGGUCAGUUGCAUAGUGCCCAAGUUGAUUUAAAGGCUACUCAACAAGCCGCUCAACAAGCUGAAGCGGCCGCUCAAAUUGCUCAAUCUAACGCGGCUAGAGCCGCCGAAGCUGCUUCUAAUGACCACCAACAAGAACACCAUGGAUUUUCUUCAUCCGGUUUAGGAGGUUUCCAUCAUUAA